AUGGCUCAGAGUGCGGACAGUGACACGCGGGUUCACCGCACACUGAGAGCGAUAUCCGGGGCCUCCGCCCACCUCGCUGCCUUCGCUUUCACCCCAUCUUCAUGAUCUAUGUCUCCAAACCUGGAUCAACUCUUUUCUCCUGGCACCCCCUCCUCAUGGCCCUCGCGUUCUUCUUCAUGACGGAAGCCAUCAUGGUUUUCUCCCCUGACUCCCUACUGCGCUCCCUCUCUCGGAAGGCCCGCACACGAGCUCACUGGGUGCUGCACCUCCUGGCGGUGCUCUGUGCCCUGAUUGGUCUGGGUAUAAUCUACGGCAACAAAGUUUUGCAUGAAAAGCCUCACUUUUCCACCUGGCACGGGUUGGUGGGCUUGCUGACCAUCCUAUGGACUGUGGUCCAGAAUCUGGGCGGAGUCACCCUUCUCUACCCUAAACUGGUGCAGCGCUGGACAUUGGCCACUCGGAAGCUCUACCACGCCACGUCCGGUCUGCUGGGCUACCUGCUGGCGUGUGGCAGCCUUAUGCUGGGAAUGUGCUCCCUGUGGUUCACCGCCAACGUGGCUGGCAUGGCCUGGUACUUGUGCGUCGUCUGUCCGCUUCUCUCCGGUCUGGUCGUCAUGAACCAAGUGAGUAAUGCUUACGUCUACCACAAGAGGAGCCAGUCCUGA